GGAAGAUGGAGCCAGACCAGUACUCUUUCUGUCUUCCUACCUACUGACUUUUUUCUUCCACAUUUGGCUUAUUUCCAAUUUUCAGCUGCAGAAUCUGGUUCAAGUCCUAGCUGUUCUGUGGAGAGAGGUCCAGAAAUGGCCAAACCACACAAUCUGUGGCAGGUGAGUCCUCAGACUCUGGAGGCCUCUGAAGUAUAGAUAAGCAAAGCACCUGGACCUGCUCUGAAGGGUCUCACCUGGAUCUGAGGUCUGAUGGCACAAAGCCCGUACUGCUUUUGAGAUAAUGUUGACACAGUGAAUGCGCAGCAGAUGUGAACCUUUCUUCUAAAAGGGAUUUGAAAAUCCACAGCAUAAUCUGUGGUCAUUCAGCCAGGCUGAGUUGGAGCCUUCUCCCUCUCUGGGUCAGAAUAGGAGAGUCUAUACACUGUGAAGCUCAAGAUGGUCCUGAGUGGGGCGCUGUGCUUCCGAAUGAAGGAUGCGGCCUUGAAGGUGCUUUAUCUGCAUGAUAACCAGCUUCUAGCCGGAGGGCUGCAUGCAGGGAAGGUCAUCAAAGGUGAGGAGAUCAGUGUUGUCCCCAACCGGUCUCUGGAUGCCAAGCUGUCUCCAGUCAUCUUGGGCGUCCAGGGAGGGAGCCGGUGCCUGUCGUGUGGGACAGGGCAGGAACCUACUCUAAAACUAGAGCCAGUAAACAUCAUGGAACUCUACCUCGGUGCCAACGAAUCUAAGAGCUUCACUUUCUACCGGCGGGACACAGGGCUCACCUCCAGCUUCGAGUCAGCUGCCUACCCAGGCUGGUUCCUCUGCACCGUGCCCGAAGCAGACCAGCCUCUCAGACUUACCCAACUCUCAGAGGAUGCCAGCUGGGGCAACCCCAUCACAGACUUCUACUUCCAGCAGUGUGACUAGGGCAAUGCACCCCCCAGAACCUACCUGGGCAGAGCUGGCUCAGGCAGGGGCGGAGGUAGAGAAGGACACUGAUGGCAACCAUCCCCCCAUCUGUUCUCAGGGCCCCACCUCUGGCUGGGUACUUGGCCACUCUCCCUUUUGAUUCCCAGUUUGGGUAAAUCCUUCUGAGAUUUGGGGCUUAGUCCACAGUUUCUUUCCCUAUUGAGUGGUGCUACUGGUGUAGAACCUUGCAAAAACCACUCAAGAUAAACUGGAAGUCACAUAAAAAGUUUCCCAGGGGUCGGGGUGGGGGGAGUGUUGGAAACCCUUCAUGCUUCAUGGUAACUUACCCAGUACCCCUGAGCCCCACAAGCCAGCCAAUCCCAAGUUGAGCCUAUUAGGGCCACCAGCUGCCCACAUGAGGACCUGUCUACUAUCACUAUGCAGGAGAGGGAGGUCAUAGAGUUAGAGACCCAAAACCCAGCCCCCUCCCUCUUUCCUGUAACUCAGCUGCCAUCAUAUUCUACAUUUUCCAUCUCAACCCUCAUGCGCUAGCCAUGGCAGGAGAGAGUGGUGGUGUCCAAGGAAUUGACUACAGCUCAGAAGGCUAAAGAAUGGCCAGGCAUGUCAUAUGUUUUGAAACCUGAGGUGCCAUUAGAAUCCAAGAUACUGGUAUCUAUUCACAUGGAAAGAUGCUUGUGACAUAUU